AUGGCAACUAACAAAAUCUCCUUCUUCUUGGUUCUUUGCAUCUGUGUUUUGUUAUCCUCAGGAUUUGGAAAAGCAGCACUAAAUCCAACGGGGAAAAAAUGUCCGGAUCCAAAUGGUGUAGACAAAAAAGCUGCAUGUUAUAGCUACUGCAAAACACAGGGUUUUAUGGGUGGUUCUUGUCAAGGACAUAAAGGUAAUUACAUGUGUAAGUGUUAUGAAGGUAAAUGAAUAUUUGCGAA